AUGCAGCAGAUAGAGAUAGUCCGUAAGAACAUGAAAGCGGCUCAAGACCGACAAAAAAAGUACGCAGAUCGUCGGACCCGACCUUUGGAAUUUGAGGAAGGAGAUCUAGUGUACCUUCGAGCUACUUCAAUAAGCCUAGCAUUUAGACAUCAACGAAGGGGAAAAUUGGGACCUCGGUAUUUGGGACCAUACCAAAUCAAGGGUCGAGUUGGACCGUUUGCCUAUCGUCUGGAGUUAUCAGAGGCAUUGACCGAACUGCAUGAUGUGUUUCAUGUUUCCCAAUUACGAAAGCAUAUAUACAAUCUGGACGUGGAAGUGCGUGUUGAGGAUGUUGAACUUCAACUUGAUAUGACAUUCGAGGUGCAACCUGUACGAGUGCUGGAACGUUAG